GAGUGACCUUUUAUCACUGCCCAUAUCUUUCUUUAUUCACUAUAAUAGCUAGCUCUUUCAAUUCUUGUUUUCUUUCGCUUCAACAUAGCUUCUUGUUGGAAGAGUACUAUAAGUAGAGCAAAAGCUACAAUAUCUUCUUUGGUGUUGUUGAUCCACAUAUCUCAUUUAAUUGCAACUGACAAUGGGUCGAUCACCAUGUUGUGACAAGGUUGGUUUGAAGAAAGGACCAUGGACACCUGAAGAAGAUCAAAAGCUCUUAGCUUACAUCGAAGAACACGGCCAUGGAAGCUGGAGAGCCUUGCCUGCCAAAGCUGGUCUUCAGAGAUGUGGGAAGAGCUGCAGAUUGAGGUGGACUAAUUAUCUGAGACCUGAUAUUAAGAGAGGGAAGUUCAGUUUACAGGAAGAACAAACCAUCAUUCAACUCCAUGCCCUCUUAGGGAACAGGUGGUCGGCUAUAGCAACUCACUUGCCCAAAAGAACAGACAAUGAGAUCAAGAAUUACUGGAAUACUCAUCUCAAGAAAAGAUUAGCCAAAAUGGGGAUUGACCCAGUCACACACCAGCCCAGGAACGACGUCGUUGCUGCCGUCUCCCCAACUGACGGUCACUCCAAGAACGCCGCCAACCUUAGCCACAUGGCUCAGUGGGAGAGUGCCCGGCUCGAAGCCGAGGCCAGACUCGCUAAACAAUCAAAGCUACGUUCCUCCAACUCAUUCAAUCAGCUUAGCUCCGCCCCGUCCGCCUCCACCUCCUCCAACAAGCCGUCUGCGCCACCCAUCCCGCCACCGUGUCUUGACAUACUCAAAGCUUGGAAUGGUGAGUGGAGAACCACUAAUAAGCCUACUGAAGCAGGUGGUGGAGGAGGUUUGGCUGCCGGGCUAGGUGGUCAUGACCUCGAGUCACCCAAGUCAACGGUUAGCUUUUCCGAGAUUGCUAUGCCAAUCGCCGCCACCGGAAUAGGGAAUUCAGGUGGUGUCUUGAAAGAAGAGGGUGAAGAAGAUUGGAGAGGGUUUGGAAAUUGGACAAAUUUGUCAAAAUACAAAGAUGGGAUGGAGAAUACGGUGUCGUUUAGGGAUGAUAUGACACUGUCCUUGGAAGGGGCAUGGACACAAGAAGAGUCGUCUCUUAGGACAGCUACGAAUGACGACCAUGUCAACGGUGAAACUUUUGUGGAGGGAUUUACUGAGCUUUUGCUAAAUAAUUACGGCGAUCACCGGAGUUUAUCCGAUGGUGGCGGAGAUUCUGACAACGGUGGUGGCAGUGGGAGUGAAUAUCAUUGUGAUGAGAACAAUAAUUAUUGGAAUAGCAUCCUUAAUUUGGUGAAUUCUUCGCCAUCUGAUUCACCAAUGUUCUGAUCAAGUUUAUGUCAACGGCCAUUGCAAUGUAAGAACCAAGUAGACUCUGUCUCUUAUGUGCAUUGUCAGUGUUUUGAGUUCCGUUAGAUCAAGUUGCAAUGUUUCAUUCCUCUGUAUGGUCAACAAUUCAACUCAUUGGAGUCAAGUCAGUCAAUGAAAGUUUAUAAAUAUAUAUAUAUAUAUAUAUAUAUAUAUCUUUACUUUUCCAAUUUAAAUUUCUGUUCUCAUUUUUUGA